UUGUUAUGCUACGGUCCUCGCCCUGCUGGGCUAGUCCCCAGAAGUGUCUGCGCGACUCAGCCACUGUAAACUGAAAUGACAAAUACUGAGGGGAAAGGACAUAAGCAAAAUAUAGCAACGGUAAAGCCGUCAGAAUUCCCCCAGGACUAGCCGGCAUACACCCCCAGAUAACACCCGCAACCGCAGAAACGCUGGAAGAAAAUCCAUACCUCACGGAAACAUGCGAGGAGGAAACGGCGUGGCGAUUGUUGUUUAUGUAUUGCUCCAGCUCAAAAUUGCCGGUGGCUUCUCAGGGGACCGUGACCGCUUUUUGACCACACAGACCUGGCGGUCAGAGCAUACGGUCCCAGCAUACCGCCACGCUGAAGGCUCACAGAGGAGCUUGGAUGUGGGGGAUGAAGGCAAGCAAAGGACCACCUUUCACUCUCCAUCACACAUGAGAAUGGGCAAACAGCGUCCUGCUGCCAUUCAAGGACCCCGUUUUGUCCAGGCCCCCAACAAUCAGGGCGCUGGCUUCCUAGCGCGGACUGACCUCGUCAUGCAGGUGGAGAACAUCCCAGUGUCAACACAGCACAUCGUCACUGUGAUGCUGCAGGUGGACAUCCGAAAGCUGAACGUGACCUCUCUCCGCACGUUCCAGGAGGGCGUGGCGGCCGCUUUAGACGUCCGUCCCCGACAAGUGCACAUCAACCGCCUCAACGAGAGGAAGAAUGGUAUUGAGCUGUUCGUGUCGUCGGAGGGGCUGAGGGCUGCGGGGCCACUCCCGUCUGAGGAGGUGAUGAACUCCCUCAACAUCAACGUCCUCCACAGGGGCCUGGAACAGUUUGGAGUCAUAGAUGUCACCCCAGAGAAGAAUGUGCUACAGGGGCAGCAUGACAGGGACAAUGUGUGGACCCAAGAGGGAUUUUACGCCGUGGUUAUUUUUCUCACCAUCUUCGUGAUCAUCGUCACUUGUUUAAUGGUACUGUACCGGUUGAAGGAGAAGGUCCAGUUGCCAGAUCAGCAGCAGAAGGGGCCACCAAGCCCAGGCCUGCACCUGACCCCCAUCACGGCCCACGCUCCGCCGCAGGUCAAGGUGAAGAUUGCCGACAGCAUGGUGCAGGCUGAGCAAGGCCCCAAAACCACCAGCGCAUUCCCCAUCACCAAGCCCCAGUGCCUGCCCCAGAGUCCACUGUGCCCCCCCGUCCUGGACAUCAAGCCCUGCCUGUCUGCCAGCCCCUCCCCCUUCAGGAUGAAGACCGCCACUGGCCUCCAGGAGAGGCGAGGCUCCAACGUGUCUCUGGUGCUGGACAUGAGCGCCCUGGGCUGCGUGGAGCCCCUGAGCAGGGCGGUCUCCGUUCCCCGGGAGCGCGCCGCGCUGGAGUACCUGCAGUCCGCCGGCCGCACCCUGUCCCGCCAGCAGCUCCGCCACGCCACGCUCAGCAAGCGGCUGCUGCAUGCCGAGUUUGCAGAAAUCCCAAUGAAUUUUGUGGAUCCGAAAGAGCUGGACGUUCCCAGUCAUGGAACAAAAAACAGAUACAGGACUAUUUUGCCAAAUCCCCAUUCCAGGGUGAUCCUGAAGACCAAGGCUGGUGAUCCACUCAGUAGCUACAUCAACGCCAACUACAUCCGAGGCUACAUGGGAGAUGAGAGGACCUACAUCGCCACACAGGGCCCCAUGAUCAACACGGUCAAUGAUUUCUGGCAGAUGGCCUGGCAAGAGGACUGUCCCAUCAUCGUCAUGAUCACCAAGCUAAAGGAGAAGAAUGAGAAAUGCGUGCUCUACUGGCCUGAAAAACGGGGCAUCUAUGGAAAGGUGGAGGUUCUUGUGGAAAGUGUGGAAGAAUGUGACCACUACACCAUCCGCAACCUGACACUGCAGCAUGGGGGUCAGAGCCGCAGUGUGAAGCAUUACUGGUACACCUCGUGGCCGGACCACAAGACCCCCGACAGCGCCCAGCCUCUCCUACAGCUCAUGGCGGACGUGGAGGGGGAGCGGCGUGUCUCAGACUCCAGGGGACCCGUCAUUGUGCACUGCAGUGCUGGGAUUGGCCGGACUGGCUGUUUCAUUGCCACGACGAUAGGUUGUCGUCAGCUGCAGCAGGAAGGGUUUGUGGAUGUCCUGGGAAUAGUGUGCCAGCUAAGAGUUGACAGGGGAGGCAUGAUUCAAACAGAAGAGCAGUACGAGUUCGUCCACCAUGCCCUGAAUCUCUACGAGAGCCAGCUCUCAGUCAGCGCGGGCCCGUGAAGACUUGGCUGGCACUUUAUUCUCAGAGCAGUGGAGGAAGCCACAGGGGUUCUCAUUUACCUGGCGACUGUCUCUCAUACCUGUAGU